GUUACUUUAAAAAGAAUACUUAAUUUAAAUCAAAUACUGUGAUUAGUUUCAUCGAAUAAUAAGAAAAACAUCUAAAUCAAAUACAUUAUAAAAUGAGUGUAGAAGUUUCCUAAAAUUUUGAAAUAAACGAUUUAAAAUAAAUGUUUGUUUCUGUCUCUUUAGCAGAAGAAGAUAGAGAAUUACUUGCAUUUUUAGCUGGUACUUAAUACGCGUAUGGCAAGGUCGAGAGGAGUUCAUUAAGUGGUUUAAUUGCUUAGAUAUCUGAUUUAUUAUAGAUAUCAUAACAAAAGGGCUAAAAUGAAAUUAAACAAGAAUUAUUUGCAUCUCUGGUAAAUAACACAUAAUAAGAACCUAUUAGAUACAUCGAAGACCUCUCCAAAAGCAUAAACUAAUAAAAUAUGAGCAUAAAUAAUAGUGAGUCAAAUAAUUAAGAUGAAAAAUCUUUUUAAGAUGAUGAAAAUGUAGAGGAAGAAGAAAAAUAAAAGGAAGUAAAUGAUAAUUAAGACAAAUUAAAUGACAUUACAUUCAAUGAAAAAUAAAAUAAUUAUUAUAUGUGCAAUAUAUGCUUUGAUUAAACAGAGAGUGAGUAAUUUUAUUACUUAGAUUGUAAUCAUGUUUCUCAUUAGUAAUGCUUGGAGAAUUACUUAAAAAAAUAAAUAAAUUCAGACAAUUUUUGGAUAUAAUGUCCUCAUACUGACUGCUGUUACUAAAUUCCAUAACACAUCUUAAGUGAAGUUUUAAAUAAAGAAGAAUUUGAAGCGUAUGAACUAAAAUCACUAACAGCAUUUUUUAGUUAGGAUUAGGCUCUUAUGAAAUCAUGUCCUACUUAGAAUUGUGAAUUUACUUUUCCAAAUGAAGAUAAUUUAACAAAACUUGAUUGCCCAUUUUGUAAUAAGAUCUACUGUUUAGUUUGCAAUUGCUUGUUUCAUGAAAAUUUAACUUGCGAGGAGUAUUAAAUGUCACUCAAUAGUUCACAAUCGAAAGACAAAAUAUCAGAUAAGAAUUAAGACAUAUCUACUUAAAAUACUAAAAUAGAUACUGAAUAAAUAUAAAUGGAAAUAAACUAAAUUUAAGAGCUAAAGGAUGAUGAUGAUUGGGACUGUGAAAUAUGUUACGAAAAUAUGAUAAGUCAAGAAUACAUGUCUCUUAUUUGUGAUCAUAUUUUCCAUAAAAAUUGUUUAGCUAAAUAUUUUACUUCCUAAAUAAACGAAAAGAAAUUUCCUUUAAAGUGUCCAAAUUCUAAUUGCAUUAUUCCUAUCGUAUAGUAGGAUUUAAGACAAGUAUUGAAUAAAAUUGAAAUUUAAAGAUAUGAGAAAUUUAGCUUGUAAAAUUAUAUUGACUCAAACGCAGAUGAAAUAUCUUGGUGUCCUACUCCGAACUGCGAAUUUGCUUUCAUUACAGAGAAAGAUUAAAACUAUCUUAAUUGCCCUAAAUGUAAUAAGUCUUAUUGCUUAAAUUGCAAAUGCGAUUUUCAUGUUGGAUAAACUUGCUAAGAAUAUAAAAUAUCUAACAACUUUUCAGAAGAUGAUUAGAAAUUUGAAUAAUUUGUGGCUGGCUAAAAAUUUAAGUAAUGUUCAAAAUGCAAAAUGUGGGUUGAAAAAAACUAAGGGUAACCUAUCAAUUAAUUCUUU